CCAGUAUACUCGAUGGAGGUCGUUGAAUAAACUACCUCAUAUUUGAUAUUGAUAUGGAGGGUAAAUGCAUAUAUCGGGUAUGUGGUCCAAGCUCCUGUCGAAAGGGGCAAGUGAUGCUUUAAGAUGGACAAUGAUUGGCUACUUGGAGAACAAGGAUUUCCCUUUCCUAUGACGACAACAUCUGUGUACGAUGACAACCUAGGCGGAAUCAGUGACAUUCAAACAUCAUCCAACCAAUAUAUACUAGGCCGCACUUUAAUUGUCUAACUUACAUCUAUCUCUACUGAAAACUCAACAUAACUUUAUUUUCCACCUAAUUCCCCUUGAAAUUUUACAAAACUCGGAAGUGAUUCAAACCGUUUAUUCGCAAUGUCUGCUGCCGGUUUCGCCAGCAACAUGCAGGCAAAGGCCCAAGAGGUCGCAAAGGAAGACUAUGAAAAGGCCAAGAUUCUCAUUUCAGAUGCUGCCAAGAGCGGCGCCUAUCUGUACCCUUUCAAGGGCAUCAUCUAUUUUGCAACACAUAGGUCGCUAUGGAGGCCGUUUUACUCCCGUAUCCUGCCCACUUUAGGGCUUACUGCGGGAGUACUUGCUUCUAUGUUCUUCUUCACUUAUCUACCACAACUGGCAGUCCUUGUCUUCGUAAACGGCCCCUUGGCCGUUUUUACUACAACCCUCCUGGUUCUCAACGAAAGCUCUACCAUUGUCAAUAUCAUCUCUCGGAACUUUCUCCUCCAGGAGGCUCUCGUCGACACCUUUGACGGCACCCUGUUAGCAAGGAACGCGAGCGAUGUUGUUAGCGAGGGGCGACAACUGAAAUCUGGGAGAGACCCUAUCGCCAGGUUGGGAAAGCUUAUUAAAAACCCAUUCUCCAAGUUCACCCCAAAGGCUCUAGUCAGAUACAUCAUGUAUCUCCCCCUCAAUUUCAUCCCCGUUGUCGGCACAGCCCUUUUUAUACUUCUUCAAGGUCGAUCAAGGGGUAGCUCUGUUCAUAACCGGUAUUUCCAACUGAAAGGGUGGUCUUCGUCGCAACAGCAGGAUUGGCAUAAACGCCAUAUCAGCCCAUAUACAACCUUUGGCACAAUAGCAACUCUGCUGGAGAUGAUCCCUGUAGUGUCAAUGUUAUUUGCAUUUACUAACACUGUGGGUGCUGCUCUCUGGGCUGCCGACAUUGAGCAAAAGAAGACACAGACGACCGAUGGUACGGCCCCUAGCCUACGAGAAUCUGCAAAGAGGGCCGAGUAGGGUGAUACCAGAGAUGUACCAGACCGCCGUCUCCGAGAUUAGGUGGCUCGAAGAUCCUGCACGGCGAUGCAUAGCCGGGAUGCAUCUUAGUACGACAUUAGCUUUUGUAUGAUUUGGGACGGCUUGUGUCGCCAUUACCAUCUACAUCUUGCAAUACUAGGCAAACGUACAUGAGGGUCGGUUGGUCUAUGGAGAUUCAGGUUA